AUGCUCGGAUUCAUAGGAGGAACGCUGAACCCCGACCCAGAGACAGUAGAGAACCACACUAGGCAAAUCGAGUCUCUCAAGAAGGAAAUAGAAGAGAGGGACAAGACGCUGUCAAGGCUAAAGCAAGAUUUCAACGAUUUACAGGCUCAAAACGACGACUUAAAGAUUACCUUGGAGUCUAAGAACCAUGAAAUUGAAGCUCUGAAGGACAAAGUUCAUAAACUAGAAACCGAGAAGAAAAUUUUGGAAAAGAAGCUACAAAAUGUCGAACUCGGAUUUGAGGAUUUAAAAGACCAAAACAAUGAGAAGAAGGAAGAAAUCAAGGAUUUGAAGAACUCAUUGGAGUUGAAGGAUAAAGAAAUAACAGCCGUGAAAAGGGAAGUUGAGGAUUUAAGAGACCAAAACAACGAGAGAGCCAAAGAAAUCGAGGAUUUGAAAGACCGAAACGACAAGAAGAACAAGGAAAUAGAGGAUUUGAAGGUUUCAUUGGAGACGAAGGGUAAAGAAAUAAUUGUCCUAACAAGGGAAGUCAGAGAUUUGAAAGACCAAAACGAGAAGAUAAAGAUUUCCUUGGAAGCAAGGGACAAAGAAAGGGAUGACCUGAAAGAUAAGAUCAGAGAGCUUAAAAAUGAACUGAAAUCUUUCAAGCGUUCGUCGGACGUCUUCCAGAGGGAAUGGCAAGAUGCGAAGAAAGCACUCGAGAAAAGCGAGGAAAACUAUAAUAAACUGAAACUAGACGUGGAGAGACUGUCGAAGAAAAUUCAGAGAAUGACGGAGGAGGACAAACAAAAAGAAGAAGAAUACAAGAAAUGGAAAAAGGAAUUCCAGGAAAAUAUGCAACCAUUGCAGUCUUAUGGAAGAAGCCUGUCUUCGCCUGAUUCUCUUGAUAGCACUUGCAUUCUUCUUGGUCAAAUGUGCUCGCGAGUGCAAGCGAUGAUGUACCAGAAAGUACUUCCAGACGGUUAUGAUGAACAUUGUUCUUACAAAGUGAAAUUCAUCGAAGAAGACAUUUCAUUAAGAGAGGGAGAAGAUCAACAUCAGGCGAGUAAGAGAUGGGAGGAAUUGAAAACGAAACUAAGCUGGAAUAACGCCAAACAUCCCAGAACAAUGAAAGAGAUCCAGAACAAAAGAAAUGAAACGGCUCAUCCCGAGAAGCUAACGAAGGAUAAGCUUCUCAAAUCUGCAAAAGUGAUGCAAGAUGCAAAAAAACUGCGCGGCUGGAUGUCUUUCAAUCAUGUUCAUGAAAUAAUACGUAUAUGGGACCUUCUAGGACAGAUGGAGUAG